AUGCCUCCUAAACGCGCAGACGAGGACUUUUCGACGAUCGACUGGGUCGCAGAUACCCUGCUCGAGCGCUCGAGGCGGCGGCACGAGGCGGCGACGGCAACGAGGACGCUCGGGCACAGCGUCAGGGCGGGCUUCUGGCGCAUCGCCGAGGCGUGUCAGAGCUGGGCAGUCGUCAGUCUCGUCGGCGCCAUCAUCGGCUUCAACGCGGCCCUCAUGUCGAUCAUGACGGCCUGGCUGUCGGACCUCAAGCUCGGGUACUGCCGGCAAGGGUGGUGGCUCAACCGCAAGUUCUGCUGCUGGGAGAUCGAGGAGGGCCUGUGCGAGGACUGGGUCACCUGGACGGGUUGGGCAGGCGUCCAGUGGCUCGUCUAUGUCGCGUUCGCGGGCCUCUUUGCUUUCACGUGCGCGUUCCUCGUCAAGUCGUUCGCGCCGUACGCCGCCGGGUCCGGCAUCAGCGAGAUCAAGUGCAUCCUCGCCGGCUUCAUCAUCAACGGCUACUUGUCCUUUUCGACCCUCAGCAUCAAGUCGCUCACUCUUCCCAUCUCGAUCGCCUCGGGCCUGUCGGUCGGCAAGGAGGGCCCGUCGGUCCACGUCGCGAGCGCUAUCGGGCACGUCGUCGCGAGUCGGUUCGCCCGGUUCAAGCGCAGUCAGGCCAAGAUGCGCGAGAUCGUCACGGCUGCAUCUGCGACAGGUGUCGCCGUCGCGUUCGGCUCGCCUAUCGGUGGCGUCCUCUUCUCGCUCGAGGAGAUGACGAUCAACUGGCCUAUCAAGACGAUGUGGAAGAGCUUCUUCUGCGCCUUGGUCGCCAACGUCGUCCUCUCGGCCAUGAACCCGUUCCGCACGGGCAAGAUCGUCCUGUUCCAGGUCAGCUUCGACCGCGACUGGCACUUUUUCGAGUUGGGCUUCUUCAUCCUCAUCGGCGUCUUUGGCGGUCUAUACGGCGCGUUCGUCAUCAAGUACAACCUGCAGGUCGCCGCGUUCCGCCGCAAGCACCUCGGCUCGAGCGCCAUCUCCGAGGCCGUCACGCUCGCCGUCCUGACGGCCGCCGUCGCGUUCACGAAUCGGUUUCUGCGCCUCGACAUGAACGAGAUGCUCGACGUCCUCUUUCGCGAGUGCGAGGGCGGCGGCGACUACGAGAACCUGUGCCAGACCUGGGCGCAAUGGCGCAUGGUCAACUCGCUCCUCCUCGCGACCGUCAUCCGUACUUUCCUCGUCAUCAUUUCGUACGGCUGCAAGGUCCCUGCCGGCAUCUUCGUGCCCUCGAUGGCGGUCGGUGCGACGUUCGGCAGGAUGGUCGGCAUCCUCGUCAAGGCCAUGUACCGCGCGCACCCGACAUGGAGCAUGUUCGCCGGCUGUGACCCUGAAAAGCCGUGCAUCACGCCCGGCACGUACGCCUUCCUCGGAGCUGCGGCGGGACUCGCAGGUAUCACGCGCAUCACGGUCACGGUCGUCGUCAUCAUGUUCGAGCUCACGGGCGCCCUCACCUACAUCCUCCCGACCAUGAUCGUCGUCAUGGUGACCAAGGCCGUCAGCGACCAGUUCGGCGGCGGCGGCAUCGCCGACCAGAUGAUCAAGUUUAACGGGUACCCGCUGCUCGAGAACCACGAGCUCGUCUUUGGCGUUCCAGUGUCGACCGUCAUGCGCCGCAAGCUCGUCUGCCUGCCCUCGCAAGGCAUGACCCUCGAUGAGCUGCAGCAACUUCUCGGCUCGAACAAGUACCAGGGCUUCCCCGUCGUCAAGAGCCGCAAGGACUCGACGCUCCUCGGCGACAUCUCGCGGCGAGAUCUCAAGGUCGCCAUCGAGAAAGCUAAGCUCUCGAGCAUCGUGCCACCCGACGCGCCCUGCCUCUUCUGCCCGCAAGACGACGUCGCCGACGAGUCGGAGCCGCCCAGCCCGGUCUCGCCGAGAGACGCCGAGGACGGCGGCGGCAUGGAUCCGGACGAGUGGGGCGGUGGAGAGGAGGGCAUCGUCGACUUCUCGUCGUUUGUGAACCAGACGCCUCUCACGGUCUCGCCCAAGCAGCCUCUCGAGUUCGUCAUGCAGCUCUUUCGCCGAAUGGGCCCUCGAGUUAUCCUCGUCGAGCGCUUCGGCGACCUCGUCGGCCUCGUCUCGGUCAAGGACUGCCUCAAGUACACGAUCGCGCACGAGGCCGACCACGAGCACGACGCUUCGGGCACGUCGGGCGGCGACGAGCUCGAGGCGACGCUCGAGGAGCUGCGGCUCUGGGGCAAGGACGUCAAGGACUGGGUUGCGGCCAAGGUGACGGGGCGCGAGGUGCCGAUGAGCCCCGAAGGGUUGCGCAUGGGCUCGACGGGCUUCAGAUCGGCGGAAAGCAGCAGCGCCGACGAGCGGUACGGGCGAGGGCGAGGGUGAGGGGUUGUAGAUACAGCGUGACAUCGAUAGACAGCGCUUUCGUUG